AUGAUUCACGAAACUUCAUCGCCUUACAAUAGCCGAUCGAACGGCUUGGCAGAGGCGGCGGUAAAGAACGUUAAAUAUUUAAUGAUAAAGUGCGGAAAUUGGAAAGAUUUCAAAAAAGCUUUAAGUGAAUGGCGAAAUGUCCCGCGCGAAGACGGCUCCAGCCCAGCCCAACUCCUCCUCGGAAGACGACAAAGGGGAGCUUUACCUACGAUCCGAAGGGAAGCGUUCGAUCUGGAAAAAGCAAAAAGCAAGCGUGACAUUUUCGAUAAAGAGAAGCUCAAGAAGACCAACGAAAACUUACGACCACUAAAGCCAUUAAGAAUGGGAUGCGAAGUCCUAAUCCAAGACCCCAAGACGCGCCG